AUGAUUCUUGUUAAGAUAUUUUAUUUACUACCAGAUCAUAUAUCUUCUUUGUUUUCAAUUGUUUAUAGCAUUACAAGGAACGAUAAGGUUACAAAUUAUGAGAAAGAAAUAUUUUUGGAAGUUUCCAUUUUUCCUCAUACAGAUCUUCAGAAACAAUUAGAUUACCUUCAGAGUCCAAAAGAUAGUAAUGAUGAAGAUAAGCCUAUUUAUGAGCUCACAACUAUUCCGCGUUUAUUGUUUAUUUCAAUAUCAAGAACAGAAUAUAACGCAGAUCAACAAGGGGAAAGUCAUAAAAGCAUCACAACUCCAAAGCAUUUAAUUAUCCAAUCCCAGACAUAUCGAAUAUUCACAAUCAUUAUGAAAAGAUUUAAUUCAUUAAGCAGAAAAUAUUUCUGCUUAAUAGAUUUCACACCAGAAGCUGAUACCCCAACCUGGUACUCAUUUAGAGAUGAGGAAAGCAAAUUCAUUGUUGAUGAAAGCGAAGUAUUCGAUACAUCUAAAAUGGCAGGAAUCUGUGGAGUGACAUUUGUGGGGUAUAUCAAGAUACAAUGA